GAUGUCGUUCUGCCUUGCAAUUUCAGCGGAGGCAGUACUACAUGAAUCUAUUGCUUUUGGCUUACCAGAGCUUUGGUGUUGUUUACGGUGACCUAAGCACAUCACAUCUUUACGUUUAUAAAAGCACAUUCUCUGGAAAGCUCAAUUAGUACCAAGAUGAGGAGACAAUGUUCGGUGUGCUUUCCCUCAUCUUCUGUACCUUCACUCUGAUUCCUUUGCUGAAGUAUGUCACUAUUGUGCUGAGUGCUGAUGAUAACGGGGAAGGCAGACCAUUUGCUCUCUAUUCGCUUCUUUGCAGGCAUACAAAACUCAGCUUGCUGCCAAAUCAACAAGCAGCCGAUGAGGAACUAUCUUCAUACUACAGAAAUGGGUUUGCACCUCGCAAUGGAUCUUCACCUUGGUUAAGAAGAUUUCUGGAGAAGCACAAAAAAAUGAGAGUUGUGCUUCUUCUCAUAGUUCUUUGUGGCGCUAGCAUGGUGAUUGGUGAUGGUGUCCUCACCCCAGCAAUCUCAGUCCUCUCAUCUAUGUCUGGAUUACAAGUUCGAGCUAUUGGUUUAAAUCAUAGUAAGUACAAAUCAUCUCUGUGAACUCAUAACUCUUGAUGCAAAAAUAUUGAAAACACACCUGGUUUUUGUGGGAGUACCAGCAGUUGCAAUUUAUGUCAAUUUGUAAAUUUGUUUAAUAAAUAGUAGAAGAAAUUUCAAAGAGCUAUAUUUGGGUUCUCAAAAUUAUCACAGAACUAUGCAUUU